AUGUCAGACAUUGAAAAUGAAAUGGAUGCGCGGUUUGAGGUAUAGUAAGUUGUCCUUCUUAAACGAUUCUUUUUAUUGUUUUUUUAACCAAAUCUAUUCAAUGUUCAGAAAAUUUCCCACAAAUUUAAAUUUUUGAGUAGAUUCUUUUCCUCAAGAACUUCUUCAUUGUUUCCUUUACAAUUGUUUCAUUAGGAGUUGGCAGAAAUUAUAAGGAACGAAAGCAAGCCAGGAACUCGAAAGAAUUCAUCAAAACGUAGAAAUGAUAAAGAGGAGAAGUCCAAGGCACGUAAAUAGCUUCAGUUUGGACAAACCGAUCAUAACUUUGUAAGAGCAAAAUUUCAAGCCCCAUAAUCCCGAAUAUUUUUUUUUUUGGCCAAGCCGUAUCUUGCACGCCUCAGCAAACGAAAUAGCUACGAGCUACGACAAAAAAUGCAUGGAAAAUAAAAAGCGUCAAAGCUAGUCUCCCAUUUUCUGAAGUCGUGUUCUCCUUAGAAGCUCAUUUAUUAGUUCUUUUCUUCAGUUCCAACCCUCGUACUCACUUUUUUACAUUGAUAUUUUAAUUUUCAGCAACCAGAAACACUCAAGAACACAAGCCCUGCUGCAGAAAAUAGAAACGAAGCCAACGAAGACAUUGUAAGAUUCAAAUGAAUAAUACGUUUCUUCAUCAAUGCAUGUCUAAAGGAUAAACUUUGCAAUUGGGUUAUUGGGCAUUUUAAGUUCAAAGACAGGGUCAUUUUGUGUUGAAUUGCACUUUGGAAAUGUGUACCUGGCAGAUUCCGACCCACUUUGCUGCGCAACUUUGUAAAAGCCACCAAAGAAGCCAUGGCGUCCAUAAAAGAGUCCCAUAGUACAAUACGACACCACAUGACCCAGACUCUCCCUCAGCCACCAAAUAGCUAAUGAAUAAAAUUUUUCCUUUCCCCCGCUCCUAAUAUGGAGUCAGCUUAGUAUAGGUUUGACUUUAUUUCAUUUUUCUUUUCUUUAUACCACAGGGAAAUAAAACAAGUUAUAAUCAAAAUGAAAGUGAAAGUCAUAAAGAACCAACCAAGGACGCAGACGAAGUAUGUCACCGAAUUACUUUCGCUCAAUGUUCGGAUUAAUACCAUGCGCAUGGCCUGUCUUUAAUGGAAUUUUCAAUAACAGCCUGUUGGCCUUUCAGCUUGAAAAACUCCCCAGCGUUUUCGGUAGAAUUCUACUUAUUUAAACAAAACAUCCUUAAAAGCUAAAUGCAAAUAAUGAACCUUAAUACUUGUUACCUUUCCGAAUUCUUCAUCACUCGAGAUAAUAAUUAUCCUACGUUAAUGAUAAAAAGUUAUCUGUUUUUCAGAAAACGGCAGACUCUACGAAUGACGACCCUCCAAGCCAACAAAAAAUAACAGCGGAAGAAAAUGAAAAGGUAAGUAUGCCGUCUGGUGGGGACGAAAACAAUUACAUACGCUUGUUGGUAGUUUCUUGGUGUUGGGCAUUGUGCAAACCAAAUGAUAUCGUAAAAAAGAUCGAAAAGACACUGACCCAACAAAAAAAAAAGCAAUACCUAGCCAACAACGUCUUUCGCAACACACUCACUUGGUCAAGUCAUUAGUUUGUGACGCAGUCCUGAAUGGAAUUUAUUUCUUUGUAGAAUUCGUUCCUCAACAAGUAUUUGAGUGAAAGUGAAUCAGAAGACGAGGAAAUACUGCAAGAACCUGAGAAAAAGAAAAUUGAAAAGCAAGCAGAAAGGUACAACCCUUGACUUCCGGACUAGAACCUCAGAUAAAAAUGGUACCCGUAGAAAUAACUUCUUUCACAAUAGAUAUCUCAUCGAGCUGUCUAAGUAUUUUAAGAAACAAAAGAUUUGACAUCUUUACCUUUGCCUAAGCAUUGGAAUUUAGCUUUACUUCAAUUUGUUUAUUUGUCAUUGGCGUAGUUUAAAACACUUUAUAAUGCUAAAAAUCGCCUUGUGCAAAUGUGAACCGUCGUGAGUGUCGAUGCUUGAUUGGUGGCAGGAGCCAGGAGGCGAUUUAAGGGAAGUUUGGAACGUUGUUGGCAAGAUAUGUCAGUGAGGCCUUCGAUCCCUGACCUUUUUAAGAAAAAUAAGAAAAAAGCUGUUCAUUUCACUCUCCUCAACUGUAUCCUGUUUAAGACAUGAGAGGCCUAGGCUAGAUGUCGAACUUUUCAUGAGACGAACCAAACUUAGUUAAGGUAAGUUCGUCUGAAUGAGUUUGGAUCGUCUGUAUCCGUCUGCUUUAGACAAAGAGAGUACGUCUGAACGUCUGAGUGUUUGGUUCGUCACAUGAAAAAUUCGAUGUUUGGCCUUGACCAGGCUUUUUUUUACCAUAUUUCACAUACCUUGGUCAAGACUGCCAAUAGGCUCGAUUACCAGCCGUUGUUCGGGAAAUGAGCCUGCGCUCCUCCCCCGAACAGCUCGGGGAGGACCGAGAGAGCAGCGGAAAUUGAGCCAAGACUGCCAGUCCAGAAAAGAUACCGCCUGUUUAAAACGCUAAAUAGCAAAAUUAUGCACGCUGUAUACGACUGACGACCCCUUUAACUACACUUGCAGGUAUCACAUACAUGUUUAGACCAAACAAGGGAUCCCUCCCAAGGAAACGAUAGAAAGGGCUUAGUUAUACAAGGCCAUGUGAUCCAAACAAGCGUAUUAAGAGUAUAGCGCGUUUUCACUCACCUGACCAGCGUCUAUGCAAAUUCAUUGGAACAAAGGAAAGAGUUUUCAUAAGAAAAGAGUUCAUCUCCCACAGGAUUGGUUUCGAAAACCAACAUGGCCGCCAUUCCAUUGUUUUCGAACACCAAUAUGGCCGCCGUGACGUCAUGUGAAAACGCUCUAUAGGGGAAAAAUCAAUCCUAGAUUAAAUUUGUUUCCAUCAACUUUUUUUUGUUUGUUUUAGCAGGAAGCCUGAUAAAAAGAAAGCAAAAAAGAAAACUAAGAACUCAAAACCACCAACUCAGCGAAAGCCUUCUCAGAGGUGGAAAAACUUAAGACUUGUUGUUGGAGAUGACAGGUAUGAACAUCCCGGGGGGGGGUGGUCGGGUGGUCGGUGGUGCUGAUCGGAAAUUUUGAAUUAAAUCCCUAAAAGAGACCGAUCCAGACGAAGCCCAAGCUUUUUUUGACCCCUAAAAGAGACCAUGUUAAAACACAUACAAUACGCAUAUUUUUAUAUUUUUUCACGUGCAACCCUAAACGAGACCUUCACGGCUAAAUAUGAUGGCGUUUUGCCCAGAACACCCUAAGUGAGACCAAAAUGCGGAGUCCCUCCCCCGGUAUGAACACUUUUAAAGAUAAUUACAAAUUGGCAGACUUAGCCUUGUCCGCCUGUACUACCGGUCCCUAAUACAAUGAAAGGGACUAAUCUAAAUAAAGUACUGUAGAAGGUCACCCCUGGUAACUUAUUAUAUUUAACACUAUUGCAGUGAAGAUGAGGAGAAACAAGUCAUAAAACCUCCACUUAAAGUAAAGCCAACUCGCAAGGAAAGGUAACGUGUAUGCUUUGUCGAAAGGUUUACAAAGAAAUUGGGCAUAUCAGUCUGUUCAUAACCUUUUAUUUGCUCUUAACAGAUCGGCAAGCUGGUGUUCGAAACUAAACACCAUGGAGGCGGAAGAGGGCAGGGGGGGGAGGGGUUGGUGAUCUCUGGGGGAUGGGUUACUAUAGUAUCUAAAACUGCAUUUUUAAGUCAAAAUAACCGCCAUCUAGAUGAUUCUUCGAUAAAACCCUCAGAUCCAUACAGUGAAAAGUUCAAGAAGUGAUAUAUCAACAAAAGUUGAGUUGAUUUUAAUUAAAGGCUGAACCCACAGUAUGUUAAACCGCACAUUCAGUAUUCUAACUGCUCUGAUGACAUCGUUGUGUUUUACAUAAAGUCAAAAUAAUAGGCAAAACCUACGCAGACGGUCCACAGUUUCCAGAAUUCCAACCGCUCAGGCAGAGAGCUCGACAGAGAGCGAGGAGGAAGAUGACCGAGUGCUAGACGGCAAAGUGGUGAGCCCGCUUAAGAUAAUACCAGUAUUUAGAGUCGCUUUUCAGAGGAACUCCCUCCGACAAAUUUUGGGAGUCACGUGACUGUACGUCCGCCCACCCGCCCAAGUUUGUCGUUUGAAGUCUAUUAUAAAUCAAUCAACGGGAGCUUCACUUUCAACUUUAGGUAUAGUGCUUGCCUCUUUUGAGAAGCAUUUGUAUACAGAAAAAACGUAUUGGGGUGCACUAGACUUAGUAAACGCUGCUAUACAAGCACAAAACAUGAGUUAAAAAUUUCCCUGUUGAAGAAUGGGUGCGAAAAAAGUUGAAUGAAAUCUAACAAGGUCAGACCGACGUUGCCAACUCCGAUUGCACCUUCAUGGGGAAAACUGCUCAAAAAAAUACAUGGAUAAGUGACGAUUACUAUAUUUCCUUGCAGAGUGAACUGAUGAUUUUAUUUUUGGUUUGUGCAGAGCGUGGCUGACCUUCCUUCGGAGUACUGGCAAAUACAAAGGCUCAUCAAGUUUUUGAAGGUGAGAGUGUCAUCGCUGUUGAAACAGUGAAUAAGGGAACUAAUUGACAACUCGAAGCAAGAAAAGGCUACAAACAGGGGAAAACAAUACGGCAUAAUGGCGUGGAAGUGGCGUUACGGAUGUUGGAGACGAGUGCUGAGCGAAAGGGUUAUGGGAAGGCAAAAUUCCCCUCUUCGGAUCUCUCCCUUCUCUCUCGCUUUCCUGAAUAGAUAACUAAAUAUCCCCGGAUAAGCGAUCUACUGGAGAGAAAGCAGUGGCGAAAGUAACUUGAAAGACCCACUCAAGUUAAACCUGUUUAAAUCCUGUUUUUCUAGAUUGGUAACCAAGUCGCAACGGUGAUUACGCUGUGUUCUCUGACUGACUUUAACUUAACUCAGGAGAUGACGCAGAUGGCCAUCAGAGAUGUUAAUGGGCUAGCAGUUCUGGUUAAUAUUCUUAGAACUGAUCACAUUAAUUGCCAGGUAAACAAAGGGGGACUUCCUCUAACAGGCUUCAAGGAGGGGCUCCUCCCGAAGAGGUUUUCACUCAAGAGUUGCGGGGGGGAUUACACGAGAUGAGGUAUAGACAAGAGCAAGAAAAACCCUGCCAUUUAGACAUUCAAUAAGGACCUUUCAAGGUGUCUGGAAUAAACGCCCCCUAAACGCUGAUCAAUUCAGGCUAGUUUCCCAACGCUUACUCAGGGUAGAAAAGGUAUAAAAAAUUGUCAAGGUGCAGGAAAAAGAAAAGAUUACCACUUCUGUGGAAGGGAUAUAAAAGGAGAGAAAAUUGUUACAUAGAGAAGUGUGGACACUGACCUGUCAUGGAGUACAUCCGGAAAACAAUUUGUUGUCUACCCCGCACCGCCCCUUCCCCCUUGAUGACCAGAUACUUCCAUGGUUUGCUUGGUUAUUUCUCCUUACAUUUUAGUAAUGUAACCAUCAUCAAAACAAUACCUAUACCCCGCCCCGCCCCCUCCCCCCUCUGAUGACCGGAUACUUCCAUCGUUUGCUUAUUUAUGUGUCACUACAUUAUACUUAUAUAACCAUCAUCUAGAUAAAAAAAAAUAUAUCUGUGCUGAGACUUUUUAGGGUAGCUACUAAAGACUUAUUUCCUCUUAUCAUAGUCCCGGCAGACUGUUUUUAAGACAUCGCAGUUGUCAAUAAGCACAUAGUCCGCAAUGGAGGUCGAGAAUAAAACAACUGAGUGUUUAUCAGGGUCUAAUUCAGCUCUUUACUUUUUGCUCAAUAGAUUGGUGCGUUAAAGGUUCUUCGACAGUUAACAUUAAACAGUAAAUACAACAGGCGAGCAGUAAUUAACAUAGGAGGUAAUUAUAAUUUACAGUCUCGGUCUUGAUAUUUCUUUUUCCUUCCUCCAAUUUCCGUCCCAUAAAUUUCCUACCUACCUUUCCGUCUUUCCGUUUUUUCUUCUUUUACUUUUCCACCCUUUUUCCUUGUCUUCUUCUUCUUUCCAAAAUUUCUUUUUCUCUUUCAGUCCUUUCCUUUUCCAAUUCUGUCUUCCGUUUUUCUCAGCCCCCCAUCCUUUCCUUCAUUCACUUCCAUCUUUCCUUAAAUUUCCUUUCUUCCUACCCGUUCUCCCAAAUCCCGCAGUUUUCCUCAUACACUCGAACCUCNUUGGUUAUUUCUCCUUACAUUUUAGUAAUGUAACCAUCAUCAAAACAAUACCUAUACCCCGCCCCGCCCCCUCCCCCCUCUGAUGACCGGAUACUUCCAUCGUUUGCUUAUUUAUGUGUCACUACAUUAUACUUAUAUAACCAUCAUCUAGAUAAAAAAAAAUAUAUCUGUGCUGAGACUUUUUAGGGUAGCUACUAAAGACUUAUUUCCUCUUAUCAUAGUCCCGGCAGACUGUUUUUAAGACAUCGCAGUUGUCAAUAAGCACAUAGUCCGCAAUGGAGGUCGAGAAUAAAACAACUGAGUGUUUAUCAGGGUCUAAUUCAGCUCUUUACUUUUUGCUCAAUAGAUUGGUGCGUUAAAGGUUCUUCGACAGUUAACAUUAAACAGUAAAUACAACAGGCGAGCAGUAAUUAACAUAGGAGGUAAUUAUAAUUUACAGUCUCGGUCUUGAUAUUUCUUUUUCCUUCCUCCAAUUUCCGUCCCAUAAAUUUCCUACCUACCUUUCCGUCUUUCCGUUUUUUCUUCUUUUACUUUUCCACCCUUUUUCCUUGUCUUCUUCUUCUUUCCAAAAUUUCUUUUUCUCUUUCAGUCCUUUCCUUUUCCAAUUCUGUCUUCCGUUUUUCUCAGCCCCCCAUCCUUUCCUUCAUUCACUUCCAUCUUUCCUUAAAUUUCCUUUCUUCCUACCCGUUCUCCCAAAUCCCGCAGUUUUCCUCAUACAGCCCAACCUCCCGUAAGCGACAGUGGUCGUUUACGGGAGGUGGUCGCUUACAAGAAUCGAACCAAGGGGAGCCUCUUCUGAGAAGAGGUCUGGGUACAUCAAUUUUAUGGAAGAUAAUUUAUUGCACGCAAUUUGUAAGUUACGCCAUGUGUAGUUCCAUUUUGUUACUAAAAUACUAAAAUUCUUCGUAUAUUCAAAGUAGCACAGUGCGCACAGCGAACAUAGACAUCAGAGAAUGCGUCAAUUUGUCGCUUACAAGAGGUUAAAAGCCAUGGAAAAUCAUUAAACUUUCAGGCCCAAAAACUGGUGGCGGUCGCUAACAGGAGGUGGUCGUUUACUAGAAGUUCAACUGUAGCUCUUGUCUGGGAAAGUUUCGGUGUUUUGGAUAGGAGGUCACUUAUGGGAGGUGGUCGCUUACUAGAAGUGGUAGCACACGGAGGUUCUACUGCACUCUUCUCCUCCGCUCCACAUUCCUUCCUUCCUUCCUUUUAUUGCAUGUCGUAGUAUAAUAUCUAAUUCGAAUUUCAUCACUCUUAAGUUGUCCAGAUUUUGAUUGAUCUCAUCGACGAUGCUCGUGCACAGGGAGUCCAAGGCUUAGCUGCAGCUAAUCUGUCCAACAUGGCCAAGUCGAGUUUGGGACGAAAUAUUCUAAAGCGACAUGACGGGAUACAAAAACUCGUGAGUAUUGGAGGAUGUGAGAAACCUUUUGCCAGAAAUCUGGCUAACCGAAGGUUUUAAAAAGAUUUAUGUUAUCUUUUACACACGCGUUUAUUCUUUUCGACCGAGUAUUCCGAGGGCUGUCCAAUAUACCUGUCCUGUAAUAAAGGUCCGUAUAAACCAUGUUACGAUCCGUGCUCGUAUGGACCGAGAAAUUCUGUUAAAGAGUGCUUUUUGCACUUUAUGGGUUAUAGAACAAGGAAUAUUACGUUUGGAACGUGCUUGAUUCGCUUCAUGUAACGAGGAAUUUACGAUCGGUAUCAAUCAAGCACUCCAUAUGGACUGCACGAACCGUAACACAUUGUGCCCUGAUAUAAUGUUGCAUAAGAUGCACUCUUCGUAACUGCUCAGAAUAUGAACUGGUAGUAAUGCUGAGAGUUUGUACAGAGGGUACGAUCCGCGGUCAACGGCUUUUAACGGUCCGUAACAGUGCGGCAGUACAGUAUUAGACAUGACUGGAGUAUUCAACAGCUUCGGAGAUUUUGCUUAGGGCCCCUUACACACUAGUCUACCUCGCUCCAAAAAACGGCUGCGAGGGAGACUACUUACACACAUGUAACCGAUGAAUUUUCAUCAGAACACUGUUUCUGUUUCUUUCUUUCUUUUGUUGUUGUAGGUGGAUUUACUAAACUACGAAGAUGGAAAGGGACGCCGCCCAGACAACCAGUCACCAGGCCAAGACGGGGCAAAACUAGAAGUUGCUCGUAAUGCCGCGCUUGCGCUGUGGAGUUGCAGCAAGAGCACGCGCAGUAGGUUUGUGACGUUACUAGCCAUUACCAUUUUUGGGUAUCAGUUUCGUGCGUUGUGAUUGGUAACAAAGUAAAUCUGGCCGAGAGAUACUGAAAAUGAGUAUAAGCUCAAUAAUUUUUUUAAUGGCGGCCAUAUUGUAACACAUUGAUGAUGAUUGUUGCACUUUAAGUUCUUCAAGAUCUUCUAUCACACUACCAGUAGUCAUUUUCGCGAAAAUCACAACGACUUAGCCCAGAUGACUUUUACCAAUUGUCUUCUCUUAGUUCCGGUGACAUUUUGUCUGACGUUGCCGUCGUGGUUUCAAAGCAUUCUCUUUACUAAUUUCGUACGACAACAAGUGAUUGAACCGGAGAGACAAAACUUUAUCCUUGUUAUUCUAACCGCAAUGAGUAGCCCUUAUCUUUACCGAGAAUGCGCAAGCAUCUUAUUUUUCUUUUGAGUCAAAGUAGAUCGAGAGCACGCGUGAGGGCAAGCGGCAAAGCAGCGAAGAACGAAGGCAGAAGCCCUUCCAUAAUUUUACUUUUUCACUCGCCGCGUGUGGCUCUGAAGAAAGAGCGGCGACGGCUCGCGAUCACCCAGACUGUCUAAGAUGCACAAUGUAGAAGUGUACUGUACUCUUAUAUGAAGAUCUCAAAUUGCUUCUGAUGCAGGUCAGCAAUUUACAAGGCUGGCAGCGUGCCUUUACUCGCUAAACUCAUCAAGCUGGACAAAGAGGAAUUUCUUAUUCCCAUAGUGGGCCUCGCACAAGAGUGCGCCGUGGAGGUAAAUUAAGUAAAUGCACUGUAGAGUAGUCCCAGGACAGCCCUGUCUGGAAUUAUGUUUGGUGUUUCGCUUGGUGUAACGCUUCGGUUAGACACAAAGAACAAAUUCCUGUUGUUAUUUUUGACGCCAGGGAGGUCAGCGUUAAUUGUUCUCGUUGCUUGCUUUGGCUUCGGUUAGAUAUCAUGUGACCCGAGUUAGUAAAGACAGACAUACAACAAUUUAACACGUAUUUCUUUAAAUACCCUACUUGCAUACGCUGUUACUUAGAAAUGGCAUCGUAUUGUUUAAAAAAAACAUAGUAUAUAAGGAAGCAGAUGACAAUAAAAGGCCAAGUGGGCGUGGUGAGGCGCGGGGAUUGAUACCCGAGCAACAUCGUAUCAUCCGCUGUUUUUCUUCCAUAGUCUCGUUUCAGGGAAGCCUUUUACAAGGAGAAUAUAAUAACAGCUAUUGUUCGUCGGCUGCAAACAGAUAAUGAAGAGCUCCAAGGUUACUGUGCUAAUGCAAUAUUUAAGGUGAGUUGGCGACUACCACAUUGACUGAGUCAGGUUUGCCCACUAUACCCUCCCCUCCCGUCUAACAUUAAUGAUUCUAAACGAGAUCAUUAUCCCAAUAUUUUAAGGGUCAUGUAGAAGACGCGUUGGGGAUUUUCCUGUACUAUUUUAGAAAUAUUUUUGCUGCUCAAUUCCGAUAUUCUCAUGACAUUUUGCUUAAGUAACUAAUCAUAUCAUAGAGAGAUAUUAGAUGCGGAUCACUACUAGUGCUCAAAGGGUUGCAAGAACUUGGAUGUCAGACCCGUGUCGAUAAUUUUUCCGCCUCUUUAUCGCAGUGUGCAGAGGACGAAGGCACGAGAAAAGCUGUGUAUGACUGCGGAGGAUUGGAUACGCUCGUUUCACUCCUCUCCCGCCAAGAUAACAAGAAGCUGUUGGCCGCAGUGACAGGAGCUAUUUGGAAAUGUGCAAUAAGUGAAUACAACGUAAAAAGGUAUUGAUGCUGUACUGAUACACUGGAAGAGGCCAAGCGAGUACAAAAGGGAGAAUAUUAUUAAGGACUUGACCUGGUGUUUUCUCAAGUUUAGCGGGCUUCCAAGAAUAGCAUGUCUACACGCAAAACGACCUAUUUAUGCCAGAACUUGAAUUAGUAAACCGAAUUCCACUAGAGAGGUAACCAGAUGUCUGCCUUCAUCCUCUUAUUCUCGAGCAGUGGAUCCAUCACCGCGCUUAAACGGAAAAAUUGAUUUCAUUACGAAAGUUUAGAUAAGAGUUAACUUUCAGAGCAACAAGUGUAAAUUUGGCUAGAGCUGAAUUUCAAAGAAAUGCAAAGUCUUCGUCACCACCCGCUUGCUAGAGGACAUUACUUGAUUUCGGGUGGUUCUCAUGUUCCGUGCAGGUGGGGCGGAUGUACCUGUAGGAACCCACUUUUUCUUUCCUUUCUCCUAUUCUCUUGCUUUUUCAUUUCCAUGUUCAGUAUUUCGCUUAUUCAUACCUAGUCUUGAACCUUAUGUCAUGAGCUGAAAGACUAACCUUCAUUCUCUCACUCAGACUGAUGGAAGUCAACGUUGUGGAGACACUUGUUAAACUUCUUCAAGCAGAAGAAGAAACAGAGGAACUUCCGGAACAGGUUAGUUGCGCAGAUUGUCCAAAGUCACUCUACCUUGACUCUAAUGUUAACAAAAUAGAAAUGCAAAAAGUAAUUACCUUCUUAUUCUUAAAAGCUUUCAAACGAUAUAUUGUAACGUGAUGCUACAGAAAAUAAAGUCAUACUCUCUUUUAAACUUGUUUCUUGAAAUUAUAUUAACUAUCGUGCGCUGUACCUGUACAAUCUCCCGUUUUAACCAGAAAUCCUUGGCAUGGUUUGCAUCUCUUCUAGCCUUCCGCUAUGUUCCCAGCUGGCCCCUUUGACCUGCAUCUCCAAUUGUUCUGAGGGUUAGAAGUAUUGCACUGCUUCCGAAUCUAUCAUUUGGUAAAACUAGCUAUAACACUUGUAAGUUGUAACACGUACUGAGUUUACUCGUCCCCUACUCAUACGCGCCAUUUGACUUUCCAUCGUUCUUAUAACCCGAUUAAGGUUCAACUUCAUAUUGUCGGAGCCAUCGCGGAACUUGCCAAAGACCCCAGAGCCCCGCUGGAAAUGCUACGAUGCAAAGGCUGCAGGACUUUAGUUGACAUUCUCAAUAUACCAAACGAGGAACUUACCAGUACAGCGGCGAGAGCUAUUGCCGCAUGCGCGGUAGAAGUUGGCUGUCGAUCGUAAGUGGUGAUGGUGUUAUUCUUCUUUUUUUUUUUUUUUUAAUUAUUCAUCUCCUUGGUGUUUUCGUUUUAAAAAAGAUGAUGCUGUGGUUUUCACCGUCCUACAGAAAAGACCCAGAAAAAUUUUCAAUCUUUGGAAAUAAAAAAAUCGUAUAGCCCAAGCAGUCAACUCUUGGGUUACAAUCGAUUUAAAGAAAGUUACCAAUUUGAUUGAAAUUAGCCUUUUUCCAUAGAAAAAAGUCAAAUUUACCAAAUUUUAGCACGAAACAGGUUUGUAAAGUAAAAAAGAAGCAAUUCCCAUGUUUUAUGUUAAGAAUUUGCAAGGACGAUACGUAUCGGAAUUCAGUAAGUCAAGCUCGCGUUUUUAGAAAACGAUCACUUUUUUCCCUUCAUCUGGUUACUUUUAAUUAUUACAACAAACACAUCGCACAGCUUUUAAAAUUACAGGUGACUUUUGAUCUGGUCUAGUUCAGUUACAUCUAAGUAUACUUUAUUUCAGAGUAUUCAAUAGAUUGGAAGGACUAAGACUUCUGUGGUCCCUAAUGAAGUCGAGAAACAACGAGGCGAGUAGUAUAUGAGUAUAUAUUCAUGAUAUAUUGUGUUAAAAUGACAUUAAGGUACUUUUUACAAACGAUCGCAUCGCUACUAGUAGAUUACUACUAACAGCAGAUUUAAAGAAAACUAAAGGUUUUGCUUGAUGCUGCUGAUUUUUCAGGUAGUUUCCGGUGCAGCGUGGGCAGUGUACAGACUAAUGCAGGACACACCGGUACGGAAUACAUGAAAUUCGAACCAUAUGCACAGAUGUGAUUAUUGGAUAGUGGGCGAUUUCGCCCAAGAAACUGUCUUGACUUGCGUUUAGGCCUUGUUAUAAUACGCUUAGAGAUAACUAGAAAGUUUUAUCCUGGAAAUGCAAUCGUCCAAAAAAUUAAAUUGAGGAGAGCUUCAGAGAUUCCGGUUCACUAGCUACGUGAGGUCGCGUGCGGAAACGUUUACUUAAACAAAACGUUCAAUUACAUCCUUUCUCGCUUACAUCAGGGUUAAAAUGAUUUCUGUAAUGAGAUCAAAUUCAAAUUUAUCCGUAGGAGGCCUGGGAAACAGCCCGAUCUUUUGUUGGAGGACUGGAUCUGAGUGUUCGUCUGCUUAAGUCACGUGACUUAGAGGUAAGUUGCAACUGUUCACUGAAAAAAGUUGCCAAACUGAAGACAAGUAAGAGAAGUGGUUAUCCUUGCAUUCUUCUACAUACAUUGUAUUCGAAGAGAAACCAUUACAGCCGCUCAAAUAAUUUACUUUCGUUCCCAUUUUACGUUGCGCAUUGUGAAGAUACAAAAUAUCUUUUCAACUAUUUCAGGUUCUUACAAGCGCAUGCGCAGUGAUAUCUAUCGUGGCCUGUGAUCGAGAGAACCUGGGCGUCAUCACAGAUUACGGCGUUGUUCCUCACUUGGCUCACCUUACGCAUAUGGUAAGAAGAUAAUCCGCUGUACUAAUUUAAAACUGCUGGAGCAGCACAUUUUUUGAGCUGAAUAAAGGGUUUGUUUACUUUUAGCGAUUAGCAAGGUUGUUAUCAUCAGUAGACUUACAUCAGCAUAAAGAUUUCAUUGUUGGCAUUAUCAGUACUUUCCAUCAUCAUUGUUAUGGUUAUCUUUAUCGUUAUCGUUAUGUUCAUAAUCAUAACCCCUCUAACAUCAGUAUCUCUCCUUUACUAUCGGGAAUCGCCACAACUAUAAGCUGAAAUAGCUGUAGUCAUUACUAGUUGUCGUCAUCUUCGUAAUUAUUGUUUUUGUUGUUGCGUCCUCAUGGAUUUCGACACUCUCAUUAUAUACUCCCGGCUACUGUCAGAAGCCCAUAAUCCGGAGCGUACAGCUCCCAUACUAGGCCUAUGUCACGGCGUUUUUACGGAUCAAUAUAUAUUUAGACACAUUUUAGGGCACUUUUUCCCGCGAAAGUAGAAUCUCCACCAUGUCUAUAGGCGCACUGGAAGUAUAAAAUAUCAAAAAGGAAAACGGAACGUAAUUAAAAGGCAAAAAAUACAUAUUUUAGGUCUGUAGGUGUUGUUGACUAGUUGUGGAGUUUAAAAAAUAUUCAAAAUUUGCGCCAAAACCGUUCUAAAAAUAAACUGGUCCGAGAAAACGCGGUGACACAAGCGCAAGGAAGUUGCUCGCUCCUGCUACUGUAUAUUUCUGAAAGCCAUGUUAUCGGCUAUAGUGCAUGCAUGCGAAGAUUGUUUGCCCAGAAAUGCAAGGUUUCUAAUGGUUUCCUGUAUAGUGUGCACAUGCAAAGAUCGUUUUCACUUGUCCUCGUUGCGUCAACAACACGUCUAUUAUCAGAGUGCAUUUUUUGUCAUUUUUCUAGACUGACAUACGUCUAAGGCGUCACUUGGCUGAAGCUAUCGCUAUGUGCAGCAAAUGGGGCAACAAUGCCAAACGCUUCUGUGACGAAGGUGCUGUCAAGCCUAUGGUAGAGUACCUGGGAUCACAUGACAUCAUUGUCCAGCGGUCAGCAAUGCGGGCUCUUGAACAACUAGGCAAGAAUCCGGAAAGCUGUAUCAUAAUGCACCGGAGUGGAGUCGUCAAGGUAACGAGCCUCUCUUCAAAAUAUCAUGACUUUUCCCUUGCUGAAUCAAAUAUUUACAAAGCACAUGAUUUCUCUGAACGUCAAGGCAAUAGGUAAAGCAAACGUCUAAAAACGGUCCAGACACAACACGGGUAGUAAAAGGCGCAACACAGCUUUUAAACUCGUUUUGCAAAACAAGUUGAACGUUUCUGUUGCCUGUUUUUAUACUUAGCGUUACCAAGACCAAUUGCAUCCUGUUUUGAUUUGCAGCUCCUGUUGGAGAUGGUUGGUUCUGAUGAUGCUGGACUACAAGAGGCUGCGGCUGGAUGUUUAUUGAACAUGCGACAGCUAGCAAUGGCCAAUGAACGAGCGAGACAGGAGAAGGAAUCGAGGAACAGUGACUCGGAAGCUUAUUGA